GUCCCACCACCAUCACCACUGCCACCACCACCACCACCAUCAGGAGCACAGAUUCACUGAAGUCUCUACCAAGAUUUCUUUAAGUUUUUUGAUAAAUUUAACUUCCAAGAGAGAGAGAGAUGCUGAUUGUUAAAGGCAGUGUGUGAAGCCUGCCCACUGUCUUUGUAUAUACAGAAGGUGGAAUUUGAGUCGGUCAAGCCUCAGAAAUGCAGGAAGGAUUAGCGGUGAUGAUGACUUCAGGCUGCCAUCGACCCGCAGGUGUGAUGGUGCCCGACCAGCUGGUACACAUCAGUGAGAUGGUGGUGGUGCUGGAAAACAGCUGGUUUGCCAAGUGCAGUGCCAGGCAGGCUGCCCGCCCACACAGUCACCAGAAGGAUCACAGCACAUCUCCCGUCAGGUCUUGGGAGCACCGGGUGUUGUUUGGCAGGAAGGAGGCCAGGUUGUUAGGGCACGGCCUCACCCCACUGUCGCACACAUCCACAGGCUUGAGGGGUGCCAGCCAGCAGGCCUGCUUCCCACCCCCAGGUCACAACAGGAGUGAAAUGCAGCAUCAGUAUGGCUCACCAAAGACUUCCCCUCACACUGGUGGUGUUGACCUGCCUUGUGAACACCUGCCCUCCUGUGUGCUCCUGCCCUUAAUAGCCCUCCAGGUGACAUCAGAAUGUGGAUGAGGGGACAAGAGAGCCAGUGUUCCAAGUACCACCACCAUCACCACUGCCACCACCACCACCACCAUCAGGAGCACAGAUUCACUGAAGUCUCUACCAAGAUUUCUUUGAGUUUUUUGAUAAAUUUAACUUCCAGGAGAGAGAGAGAUGUUGAUUGUUAAAGGCAGUGUGUGAAGCCUGCCCACUGUCUUUGUAUAUACAGGUUAGGGUGUGUGUGUGUGUGUGUGUGUGUGUGUGUGUGUGUGUGUGUGUGUGUGUGUGUGUGUGUGUGAGUGUUUUGUAUCCUCCACACUGCUUGUCUUAAUCUAGCUUGCCACACUCCAUGAAGUCAUCCACAGCCUUAUUCUUCCUUUCAUUUGUCUCUCCACAGUCCUAUGAACAGCACCACCAUUCACUUCCUGCCCUCUCCACUCUCCCUAACUCCAAAUCACUUGCACCACAUCUCCACCUCAUAUUUCUGACACUGCAGUAUCAUGUGCUCCACCACCUCAUCCUCCCCAUGGCUCACGUUGCUGCAAGACUCACACCUGUAACUCUUUGCAUUCACAUCCAUACACUGUCCUUGCUUAGAAGAGGUCACCAGCUAGGCUUCCCUCAUACCACCUUUCAUACAUUGGGGGUUCUUGUGUUCUAUUCUGUUCUUCUGUUCAUUCAGUUUAUCCCUCUUCACUAAUCUAUCUCACUUUUCCACCUUUUAUCUCAAUGUAAUCUGUCCCUUGUUCUGUCAUGGUGAACCUGUCUUCCCUCUAAAGGUCACAGUUUGAAGUGUUCCUGCUGGUCUUCUAGGCUUGUGUUGGGCUUCUCUUUGUGCAUUUACAGAAACACAAUUUAAGUUUAGGUUAUCAGAGUGGUGAUAGGAAGAGCUGGUUCUUCCUCAUUAGUAAUAGAAUGCUGGUGCGGAUGACACACAGCUCAGCGUUCCUCUUGAUUCCUCCCACUCCACACCACCAGGCACUAAACACUAUGUACUGUGUUUACUGAUGCAAUUGUUCUGUGGUUUUCCCUGUUCAUUCUUGCUCCUGUGUCCUUCUUUAUGCAACAGAGUCACCCAGCAUUCAUUGUUCCACCUCUGCACUCUCUUCUCUCCACACCUGGUGAAGUAACUCAGUAUUAUCACCCACUUCCCUUUAUUCCCAAACAUACAGCACAGGGUAUCUCAUCUGGCCCUGCUACCUUCCCAAACUUCUGCCUUUUUUUGCACUUUCUUCAUGUCCUGCCUGCUGGUUCUCUCAACUUGCACACACCUUGCCUGUCCAGUGUCACACAUCAGUACAUAGGCUUCUCCACAGUGGCUCCUUGUCCCUCACCACCAUUCUCUCUGUCAGUCAAGAGGUUCUCCAUCCAUCUCAGCAGGCCACCCUUUCCAGCUUCCACACAUGGCACCCUAUCAAAGGCACCAUUUAAAGGCACUAUUUAUUGCCUGUCCAGUGUCACACAUCAGUACAUAGGCUUUUCCACAGUGGCUCCUUGUCCCUCACCACCAUUCUCUCUGUCAGUCAAGAGGUUCUCCAUCCAUCUCAGCAGGCCACCCCUUCCAGCUUCCACACAUGGCACCCUAUCAAAGGCACCCCUAUUUAUUGCCUGUCCAGUGUCACACAUCAGUACAGUGUGUGUGUGUGUGUGUGUGUGUUUGAGCAUUCUUGUAUUUUUAUUUAUUUAUUUUUUUUGAAAGGCCACAUUAAUCAGGUCCUCAGAGGUGUUUUUUUUCCUGUUUCUAUUUGUUAAACUAUCACUGGAAUCAUGAAAACUCGUAACUGUAACCUGUUAAACAGAGAGAGAGAGAGAGAGAGAGAGAGAUUCAAUCCUCUCACUGCUUCACCCAUUACCAUUCAAUUAGUCCUAACAUUUUCAAACUGGUCGCAUUGUUUGUUUAUUGGUUUUAAAGUUGUAAUUUGUAACAAUACAUUAAUAAAAUUCUCUGCCUCAAA